AUGGAAUCUGCCGUUCGUAUAUAUGGCCAGAUCGAUAUCCUUGUCAACAACGCAGCUUAUGCCGCUCUUGGUGUUAUGGAAGGCUUCUCAGACACGGAUAUUGUCACGCAGUAUAAGACGAAUGUUUUUGGUCCACUGUACGUUAUCCAGGGUGUGUUGCCAAAGUCCCUCUCUGAGGAGACAUCUGAAUUUGGUAUCAAGUGGCUUUUGCCCGAAUUCGGUGCCUUCAGGACAAACUUUUUGGGCAAAGACGCUUUCGCUUCUCCCACGAAAGGCAUUCCCUCCGGAUAUGAAGGGUCUAUCGGAGAAAAGCAUUUCAACAACCUCAGCCAGUGGGAUAGAAAGCAGCCAGGUGACCCCAUCAAAGGCAUCGAGCGACUAUUUGAGGUCAUUACUGGAGCAGAAAAUGCCGCGGAGGUGAAGAAUAAGGUUCUUCGAGUGAUGAUUGGUGGUGAUGCGGUUGAUGUGGUCACCAAGAAGAUUGAGAGUCUUAAGCAUGAUUUAGAGUUGUCUAAGAAGCUGGAGGAUGCUCAAAGUACAGUUGCAGAAUGA